GCACGUAGUAGUUAGUGUAGCUCCACGCCAGUUCGAGGCAGGUUGCUAUUCAUACACACAGUUACUUGUUUAUUAUAUUAUACUGCUAGGCUGCUUUAUUAUGUAAGUCCUACCUGUUCGACUAGCCUGCCUUCCUAGAAAACUAAAAAUACAAAAUAUAUUAAGUCACCGUGAGUUAUAAAACAUUACAUAAGGGUAUGUAGUAUAAUACCAAGGAUAUAAGGGAUUAUAUUACACAGAAGGGUAUACUCCAGGAUCUUAAUAAUGAUCAUGACAUUAUUGAACCAGAGCGUAUAACUCACAGGUAGAUAGAUAGUUUACAUACAGAGGACACCGAUAAAACAAUAUUAUGAAGUGCCUUAUUAUUAUAGUGUGUAUAUUAUUGUGGGAGUCAGUUUCAUCAGCACAUGAUCUAGAGAGCUUUGCAUGUGUCGGGGACUCAUGUGGCUUACAUAACCUACAUUGCUAUGGAACUAAAAUUUCAAUCAUUUCCGCGUAUUACGGCUACACCAAGAUUGCCAAUGACUGUCCCCUGAAGAAACAAUGCCGUUCGGGGACCUGUUGUGUGAAGAAGUGGUUUGACUUGAAUGAUGAUUGCCUACCAGAGUUUACGAAGGCAGACUAUUUAGAUCUCAGAAAAAUCUGCGAUGGCCAACAACACUGCGAUUUCACUCCACCACAAAGACUGGAUUAUGCUGGUUGUCUGAGGAAAAAACAUUUCAAAUGGUGGGGAAGCUAUUAUCGUCAUGUUUAUUUUGAACAUUUCACGUAUUCAUUUAUUGAAUAUAAAUGUUUGAAAGCGUGGGUGCCAUACACAGCUCGACCCACUACAAAAUCGGUGUAUAAACCUAAAAUGGAAUUAACCACGAAGGCACCACUCUUCAGAACAACUACCGGCAGGCAGGAGAUAUUUGAUCCAGAUGGUCUCCUAGAAAAAUCGAACCCGUUUCCCAAAUCAGGAGUAGAAGUUAAACAGCCUGUUACGUCACAGGACAGAGUGACAGAAGCAGACAAACCAGAUACUGUUUUGAUUGCCGGCAGUGUUGUUGGAGUUUUGAUUUUCAUCAUAUUGGUUGUUUUUGUGGUGAUAUUUAUUGUCAAGCGGAAAACGAAGACGGUGGAUAGACCGGAAAAUACAAGCCAACAACACUCAAAUCCUACCUAUGGUCAUCCGUAUAUUCACGGUGCUGGCUAUGGUGUAUAUAACAAUGCUGUUAUCAUGCCAGGAGCGUCAGCAAACGGCGCGACACCAAUGACUGGUUGUAAACCACCGGAUUACAAUCAGAUAAACGACUUAAAGUUCAGCAACUGUGAAGCAGCAUCACAGAAUAAUGAAAACCAUUACGAGGAAGUCAAGGGGGAUAAUGGCAAUAACCUUCUGUACCAACCACAAAACGAAGAUGUGGCCGGGGAGAGUCAAUUGACAGGAAAUGUAAACGAGGGCAAUACUAUUGAUGAGCUUCAUAUAUAGAGUGCGCCGUCAGUUGGUAUACGAUUAAUGAAUCCAGAUCCAAUUAACAAGAUAACUUUAAUCGACCACGAUCUAAAUAUAAUAAUGAAAAUUGUUCUUAAGCUUCGAUAAAUUUGGAUUUUGACCUUAAUAAUUGUAGGAUUUAGUAAACAUAUAUUCGUCUCCACAAUUCUGCAUCUAAUGUCAUAUAUAUUUUUUUUGUAUUGUUAAUACUUGAUAUCAAAUUAGAUGUAGUUCAUAUCGGUAUAUCCAUGAACAAUCCGAUACUGUUCGAAACUACGGCUCCUAAAACCAUCUCAAACUGAAUUGUUUUCCGUUUUGUAGCGCCGUUUACUGGUUCUUGGUCGGUUUAGGACGGACUAAGCAGCAAUAGUUUCGGGCAAUUUCUAACUGUCUAUGGGCUGUUAAAUUAUAUAUUUUCAUACAAAAGUCCCUGAUUAUAAUAAAGCUGUAUUUUACAAGUAAAUGAUACCAUUUACAGCUAUAUAUUCCAAAAUUAAUUUUUGUGCCUGUUUUUCGUCCAUAUUUUGUAUUAAUUUUUAUAAUUUGUGCUUGUUAAUAAAUUAAAUUCAGUUUA